AUGAAGGAGACGUCGAAUAUGGCCGAGACACAGUUUACCUUGAAGACGGGCUUGGCGGAGAUGCUCAAGGGGGGCGUCAUCAUGGACGUCACCACUGCCGACCAGGCCAAGAUUGCUGAAGAUGCGGGUGCGGUAGCCGUCAUGGCGUUGGAGCGCGUGCCGGCGGAUAUCCGGGCACAAGGCGGCAUCGCGCGCAUGGCCGAUCCGACGAAAAUCCGCGAGAUCAUGGCGGCGGUGUCGAUUCCCGUGAUGGCCAAGGCGCGCAUCGGGCACUUUGCGGAAGCCCAGAUUCUGCAGGCGCUGGGCGUCGACUACGUUGACGAGAGCGAAGUGCUGACGCCGGCGGAUGAAGCCCAUCACAUUGAUAAAUUCGCGUUUCGCGUGCCCUUCGUCUGCGGGGCGCGCAAUUUGGGCGAGGCGCUGCGCCGCAUUGCCGAGGGCGCGGCCAUGAUCCGAACCAAGGGGGAGGCGGGCUCCGGCAACGUCGUCGAGGCCGUGCGCCACAUGCGCGCCGUGCAGGGCACCAUGCGCAAGCUGACGAUCCUGGGUGACGAGGAACUGAUGGCGGCCGCCAAGGAACUCGAGGCCCCCUACGAGCUCGUCAAGAUGGUGGCGCAAACCGGCAAGCUGCCGGUGCCGAACUUUGCCGCCGGCGGGGUGGCGACGCCGUCCGACGCCUCGCUCAUGAUGCAACUCGGCGCCGAGUCGGUCUUCGUGGGCUCGGGUAUUUUCAAGUCGGGCGACCCGCCGCGCCGCGCCGACGCCAUCGUGCAGGCGACUACGCACUACCUCGACGCCGACCUGCUGGCGCGCGUGUCCGAAGACCUCGGCGAGGCCAUGGUGGGGAUCGACAUCAGCCGCCUGGACGACAGCGAGUUGUUGCAGACACGAGGCUGGUGA